AUGGUUGCAAUCUCCAAAGUGUUCAUGGCCGCCGCCAUGUGCUUGGCUCUGGCAGAGGCUGCUGAAGCCAGUGCUAGCUCAAUGGCAGUGGCGAGCUCGAAAGAAGGUGGCGAUGAAGGCUCCAAGGGUGGUAAGGAAGGCCUGGGCGAGACUCUGAAAGAAGGUGGCGAGGGAACCUCCAAGGGUGGCAAGGAAGGCCUGAAGGAAGGUGGCAGCGAAGGCUCGAAGGAAGGUGGCAAGGAAGGCCUGAAGGAAGGUGGCAGCGAAGGCUCGAAGGCAGGCGCCACUAAUACUGCCACUACCAAGAAGAAGGGUAAGCACUGGAAGCUCCAGCACAAGGCCACCUUAGCCGUCUCUGGAUGUGAACAAUUGCUCCAAAAGCAAGCCACUUGGUUCCUGGGCAAGAGCUCCGCCGGAGCCUUCUGCAAGAAGAAGAACCAACCAGCGAUGGGGCUGAUGAUGCACUGCUUGUGGGACUCGCCUAAUGCCAAGGCAAAACAGGCCUACAUUGAUGGCUGUAAGGAAUAUGCCGACAUCACCUUGGAAGACAUGGAAGCCUCAUACAAUAAUGCCUCCAAGUACUUGGUGUACAACCCUGCCAAGACCAUCGAGGGCUACAACAAGCUGCUGAUUCCUCCUUUCCCUAUCGGUUUCGAAAAGAAGUGGUACAAGGUGGCCUACGUGUCUGCCAUUGGUCGUUUCUACAACUUGAACUACUCGAUGUGGUUUGGUAUUGCCAUGUUGUGCUACUGGUUUGGUGUAUUGUGGAUUGCCGGUAUGUGCAACUUGUGCUACUACCUUUUCCCCAACACGGUGGCCAAGAUGAACGGCACUGCCACCAAGUUGUUCCGUAAGUACGUGACCCUCCCCGCGUUGUUCCGCAAGCGGCACCUCGCUCAUCCUGGGUUUAUCUUCGGGUGGCUCCAAUGGAUCGUCCCCACUCGUCUUGAAGCGUUCUUGACCCUCGGCUACUUGGCUAUUUGCAUCGCAGGCAACCUGGCGUACAUGGGCCACGUUAAGGACACCAUCUACUAUGACAGCAAGGUGAAAGAAUUAGCUAAGUACGCCGCUGACCGUCUGGGGAUCACUGUGAUGUGGAUCAUCCCCCAAUUGAUUCUCUUUGCUGGCCGUAACAACUUCAUGCAAUGGAUGCUGGGAUGGCCCUACGCUCGCUUCAUCAACAUCCACAAGUGGUGUUCGCGUAUGGCGACUAUUUUGGUGCUUGUUCACACUGUCGCUUACACCAUUGUUGGUGGUGGCUUCCACGGGGCAAAGUUCUUGCAAUGGUAUGGCACCGACUGGAUGAUUUGGGGUACAGUAUCGUUAGCGGCGAUGCUGAUCUGUUGCUUCCACUCGCUCUACUCUUUGCGUCACUGGAACUACGAAGUGUUCUUGAUGACCCACAUUCUCAUGGCGGUAUUUUUCGUUGUUGGCGGUUGGAUCCACUGCGAGUCCCAAGGUUAUGGUGAAUACUACUACGCUGCCACUGCCAUCUGGGUGCUUGACCGUGUGGUGAGAAUUGCCAGACUCGUUUUGUUCCGUACCAGAGAUGCUCACGUUGAAUUGACCAGCGACGGUACCUUGAGAGUGACCUGUGCCCGUCCCGCGUGGUGGCAUGCUAAGCCUGGCCAGCACGCCUUCAUCCACUUCUUGCGGCCCACGAUGUUCUGGCAAUCGCACCCCUUCACCAUCGUCGAGGAGGCUCUGCCCGCUGAUGCCACUAUUGGUGCCCACACCAUGACCGUUUACCUCAGAGUUAAAGGUGGUCUUACCCAUGGUUUGUGCAAGCACCUUUUGAAGUGUCCCGGCAACAAGGCCACCGUGAAGGUGGCGGUUGAAGGUCCCUACGGUCAAAACGUCCCCUUGCACAAGUUCGACUCGGCAGUGUUCAUCACCGGUGGACAUGGGAUCCCCGGUUUGUACGCUCAAGCCCGCGACCUCAUCACCAAGGGUGCCCAAACGAACAUCAAGUUUUUCUGGAUCAUCCCUCACUAUCUGCUGGUGCAAUGGUUCUACCAAGAGUUGCAAAAGUUCAACAACGACUCGCUUGAAACGGUAGUGUACGUGACCCGCCCUGAAAACGAAGUGCUGCCGAUCUGCUCGCUGGAAGACGCCUCGCUGGAAUCCGAGGAAAAGAAGCUGGACAUUGAGACUGUCGCCGACCACUUGGGUCAACUUAAGGCUAAGCUUGCCCACAUCCAGUUCCACGAAGGCAGACCCAACCUUACCCAAAUGGUUGCUGCGGAGAUUGCCGAUGCUCCGGGCACGUUGGCGUUCACCACUUGUGGUGGCGAGCAAUUGGUCGACGAGGUGAGAGCGGCGAUUGCUGACAACUUGAUGAAGUCGAAGCACCGCGUCGACCUCUUUGAACAGUCGCAAAUCUGGUAA